AUGGGCCUUCUGGAUCUUUUCUUUAGACUUAAACCUUUUCACAGGGACAGAAGUAUUCUUAUUAUCGGGCUGGACAACGCCGGGAAGACAUGCAUUUUCAAGAAGUUGAGCGAUGAUGACACUUUAAACACGAUGCAAACGCAGGGGUUUAACAUCAAAAUCCUUGCCGUUGGGCGUUUGAAGCUUAGUGUGUGGGACAUUGGAGGUCAGAAGUCUAUUCGGCAGUACUGGCGAUAUUAUUUUGGGGAUAUGGAUGCGCUCAUCUUUGUUAUUGACGCGUUUGACAUGCAACGUGUGGAGGAGGCGAAGUUGGAGCUGUAUCACAUAUUGGAGGAGGAAAAGUUGGCGGGUGUGCCACUUUUGCUCUUUGCAAAUAAACAGGAUAUUUUGGGGGCGGUGACCGCUGAAGAUCUCAUAACCGUUUUGCAGCUGAACGAGGUGCAGGGCCGCAAGUGGCGUGUUCAAUCUUGCUCAGCGAAGACGGGAGAAGGGUUGGAUGUGGGUGUGGCAUGGGUAGUAGAACAGCUGCGGUGCAAUGCCCCUCUUCGCUGA